AUGAUUAUUACCAAAGAACCUGGACAAUAUGACGGACCUGAACAAGGGUCCCGAUGGACUAUGGUUUUUGAUGGAGCUUCUAAUGCGCUUGGUAAUGAUGUUGGUGUUGUGAUCAUUUCCCCUGAAGGUUGUCAUACCCCGAUUACUGCAAGACUUUGUUUCUAUUGUACCAAUAACAUGGCUGAGUAUGAGGCAUGUAUCCUGGGCAUCAAAGCUGCCAUUGAUAUGAAAAUUCAGUUCCUGGACGUAUAUGGAGAUUCAGCCCUGGUAGUGAGUCAGAUUAAAGGAGAUUGGGAUGCCAAGCAUGAAAAUCUUAUUCCCUACAGAGUGCAUGUGCUGUCUUUGAUCCCACAUUUUGAAGAGAUUACCUUUGGACACAUUCCACGAGGAGAGAAUCAGUUGGCAGAUGCAUUAGCCACCAUGGCAUCUAUGUUUGAGAUUAGCUGGGAUGAUGAAGCUCCCAAGAUUACUAUUGAUAGAUUUGAGAAGCCUGCAUACUGCAAUGAGAUUGAUACUGAAGGAGGAGAGGAAAAGCCUUGGUUCUAUGAAGUAAAAAUAUAUCUUGAAACUCAGGAGUUCCCUGAAGGGGCAUCUGUCAAAGAUAAGAAGUUUCUGAGGAGGUUUUCUGCUAAGUUCUUCUUGAGUAAUGGAAUUUUGUACAAACGCAAUCAUGAUUCAACUUUGCUUCGUUGUGUGGAUAAGAAGGAAGCAAUAGAGAUUAUGGAAGACAUGCAUGAUGGGAUUUUUGGCACUCAUUCUAGUGGUCAUACUAUGACAAAGAAGAUAUUGAGAGCAGGAUACUAUUGGUCUACCAUGGAAGCUGACUGCUAUCAACAUUCCAGGACAUGUCACAAGUGUCAAAUCUAUGCUGAUAAAGUGCAUAUACCUCCGGCUCCAUUAAAAGUGUUGACUGCUCCUUGGCCUUUUGCCAUGGUGGGGCAUUGA